CAGCACACACACAGACGCAGAAGAAGAGGGGGGGUGCUUAUUUUCCCUCCUCUCCCUCCCUCCGGCUUUAAAAAAGUGCAACAGCCCAUUGAAGAGGAAAAGAGGGGGGCAGUCCUGUACUUCCAUCCAGCCUGGAUUGUAAGGAGCAUUUAGUGUGCCGACACUAACCCAGAUACCAGACACAACACACAGAGCCAGCUGAGGACCUGACAGAGCACAGGCAUGAACGACAUCAAGCUGGCCCUGCUGGGAAGCCAGGGGGCUGGGAAAUCAGCUGUCCUUGUACGGUUCCUGACCAGGCGCUUCAUCGGUGAAUAUGCCUCUAACGCCAAUUCCCUAUACCAUAAAAGGCUGUCAAUCGAUGGCAGGCAGCUAAAUCUGGAGGUUUUUGACCCCUGCUCUCAGAGCUCAGAGGCCAGGUGUAUACUGGAGGAGCCGGUGGACUGGGCAGAUGGCUUUGUGGUGGUGUACAACAUCAGCGACUGCACUUCCUUCAUUAACGCCAAGAACAUCCUGCAGCAGAUUCGGGAGGCGCGCUUGAAAAACUGCAAAGGGGAGGUGGAGGUUCCUGUGUGUCUGGUGGGUAACAAGCAGGACCUGUGUCACGCCCGGCAGGUGGGUGAGGACGAGGGCCGCUGCCUGGCUCAGGAGAACCGCUGUCACUUCCAGGAGGUCUCAGCCGCCGAGAGCUACCAGGACAUCGCCAACCUCUUCACCCAACUCAUCCGGCAGGUGAUGGAGCACCUCAAGUACAGAGCCGACCGACGACGCUACAGCGGCUCCAAGUCGAUGGCCAAGCUCAUCAACAAUGUGUUUGGCAAGAGGAGGAAGUCAGUGUGAUGGUCCCAGGGAAGUCAGCUGGGGGAACUGAAGGACCCCUGUUAAAGGGAACAUGCUGGGUCUGAAAACUGUUACUACAUCGGUCCAAACAGUAACCUCAUGUUCACACUGUGGGCAACAUGUAUAGUUGGUGGGAAGGCUUGGACGGUGUCCACAUUUACAGACAAAUAUGAGUCUGUCCCACAUCUUUGUCUUUGGUUUUUCAUACAAUGUGUUUCCCUGCUUUGAGCAAAGAUUUCCAAAGGACUAAUUAUGUUGUGAUUGUUGACGAGGGCAGUGGUUCUCAACCUGGGGGUCGGGGCUCUAAUAAGGGGUCGCAAGAUGAUUAACAGAACAGGUAAACAUAAAAGAAAACACAUUUGUGCUAAACAAAAGUUUUUAUUCAAACUUUUCUCUUAAAUUUCGAAUGUAAAUCCCACAAACACACACACACGCACACACACACACACACACACACACACACACACACACACACACACACACACACACACACACACACACACACACACACACACAAACAUGUACACAACCUGUACACUUAAACAUGAAAAGGAGUUUCAAGUUGAGUUUUAAGGGACCAAGUUGAAAAGGUUGGGAACCUGGGCUAGGUUAUUGUUCAAAUUAUUUCAAUAUUGGACAAUGCCAGUACUGAGUUUCAGUAUCAAUACAACAUAUCUUUUUUGAUAUCUUACUUUUCUGAGUAUUACUGUAACAUUAAUAAUUAUUCUAUACAAUACCUUUUUUAUUUUUAUUUAAAGGCCUUUCAAACCCAGAAACCCAGACACAAUUUUUCACUCAUUCUGGCUAAUACUGGCUCGCUCUCCUCAGGUUGAAGUUGGUUGGAGUGACACUGGUAGUUAUGUGAGGUUAUUGAACGCCAUAAGAGAAUGAAAAACAGGCUAAAUUGUCCCAGGUGCAACAAAGGAAAUAUCAAUCAAGCACAGUCUGUACUUGCACAGGUCUUUCAUAAAACAAAAUUUUGUAAUUGUGUGCACAUUCCACCUUCUGGCAGGUGCAGGACAAAUGAAAGUACUAUAAACGAAAAAAAUGUAAUGUCCGCAAUACUGCUUUAAACUCCCAUAUUUAAUAUCAAUGCAACGUUAGGGUCGAAACGUUGCAUUGAUAUUAAAUAUGGGAGUUUACAUUACAUUUUCUUCUUUCAUAAAACAAGCCAGAUUAUUUAUUACAGUACAAGUGAAACUUUGCAUAAAUAUGGCCUAAAACCAUCAAAUCUUAAAUCUGUAAAUAUCCUUAUUAAUAAGAAUCAAACUAACCACGCAGUGCCAACGUUCACUACUUAGCAUGUUUGAUGCAGACACACAGUUUGUUCCAAAAAUUAACAAACCUUAUGUUGACAUCGACAGCUACUAUUCAAGCAUCCUUAUUGGCUGGUUUACCGCUGUCUAGUUUUUCACAUGAAACAUCAGACUCGUAUUGGACCGGGGAGCUUUGAUUGGCUGUAAUCAGCUUCUCCUCUCACAUUGUGAACUCACCGGUUACUUUGAGCAUCUCUCUCAUUGAUUUAGACAGAUAUACCAUUGCUGUUAAACUGCCAUUCUGCAUUGUAAUGUGGGGAAAAAUGUCUGUUAGGCUCAGUGUUGUUGCUCGGUGGUUUUAUAUUGUUUUAGGAGGGAAAGGGCACGUUUAGAUGCAUUCUUCUGAUGCUUAUUAGAUUUAGUUUUUUUCAUAAUACUCUUUUGGAAGCCAUAGUGUUUGCUUAUAGUUGACUAUUAUUACUGGUAUAUCAUUUGUAACCAUUCAUUAAUCUGAUUUAUUGUGUCAAUACAUAUAUUAAUAAUAUAUACAGUAAUUGUUGUAUUUAUUUGGUCUUUUCACAGAAUCAGAACUGAAAACAUCUUGAAUUUGAACUCAUGACUAUUAAAGUUUAUAAAAAACAAAACACUACCAUACCAAUUAAGGGCAUGAACUCAUUCAACGAUGUGCUGUUGUUCUUCUUAAAUUCAGUUAUGUCACCACGAUGCUGUAAAGAACGAAUGUACCACCCUUCUGGGAAAAUAAUUUCACAUAUGCAGUUUUUUUUUGUAGGUGAAUGUUACUUUUGUAAAUACUGUGAAAACAUCAGCUGUUCCAGAGGAAAUUAAAGUUAAACAUUGCUUAAUAA